AUGUUUGCCUCUCACCUGCCGCAGGGGAGAUCCAGCGCUGCACGCAAGACCUGGCUGCCGGGGCGCGCUCGGCCUCGCUGGGAGAGCUGCCAGCCCCCGAGCCGAAGAGGGAUCAACACGACCACAGAGCAGGGGCAACAGGUCGGCACGGAGGAGAAGCAAGUAUCAGAAGAGCUGAAAAUGCCCCUUGCAGGGAGAGAAACUGAAACCCUCUUCCGAGAGCAGCCCAAGACUGGGAACCAGUAUCUGGAAGACGCUUUGCUUCGCAGUUACUUGAAAACACACCUUCCUCCCCAGGUGCUGGAGGAGGUGAGCCAGGACCUGGAGAGGUUUGGAAACCGUCUGCUCACCAAGAUCAUACCUCUAGGAUGGGAAUGCGAGUUGAAGCCCCCCGUGUUUCAGCAGUACGAUGCCUGGGGGCAGCGGGUGGAUCGCAUCGUCACCUGCUCGGCCUGGAGAAGGAUGAAAGAGGUUGCAGCUGAAGAGGGGCUGAUUGCUGAGGCGUAUGAGAGAAGAUACUCCAACUGGAGCCGUCUGCAUCAGGCUGUCAAGCUGUACCUGUUCUCAAGCGCCUCUGGAGGCUUCAGCUGCCCGCUGGCCAUGACUGAUGGGGCAGCCAAAGUCAUUGAGUCACUAGGUACUCCUGCAUCUCUGAAAAGUGCUUUUGACCGUCUGACAUCCCGUGACCCCAAAAAGUUCUGGACCUCUGGCCAGUGGAUGACUGAGCGCAGGGGAGGCUCAGAUGUCGCUAACGGCACCGAGACGGUGGCCAGAAAGCAGCCAGAUGGCACAUACCAUCUCUAUGGUUUUAAAUGGUUUACCUCGGCUGCUGAUUCAGAUGUGACGUUAACCCUGGCCAGGGUAGCAGAUGCUGAAGGACAAGUAAAACAGGGUUCCAGCGGCCUGUCCCUGUUCUUCCUGAAGGUUCGAGAUGAGGAGGGGAAGCUGAACAGCAUCCAAGUGCAAAGGCUGAAAGACAAGCUGGGCACGCGGCAGAUGGCAACGGCGGAGCUGUGGCUAGAUGGAGCUAAAGCAGAGCUAAUCUCCACAGAGGGUCGUGGAGUGGCCUCCAUCUCCAACAUGCUGAACAUAACUCGGAUCCACAACGUCAUUGGUGCAGUAUCUUACAUGAGAAGGAUGAUCAGUCUGAGCAGGGAGUACGCCUGUCGGCGGGUUGCCUUUGGGAAGCUCCUCAAGGACCAUCCCCUGCACAUGCAGACGAUAGCCCGGAUGGAGGUGCAGACACGAGGGGCUUUCCUUCUGCUUAUGGAGAUCGUUCGGCUGCUCGGACUUGCAGAAACCAACAUGGCGAGUGAGCAAGACCAGCUUCUCAUGAGGCUGCUGAUACCAGUCGCCAAGCUGUACACUGGGAAGCAGGCUUCUGCCGUGGUUGUUGAGGCAAUGGAGAGCUUCGGAGGACAAGGUUACAUGGAGGAUACAGGCUUGCCAGUCAUCAUCCGCGACACUCUGGUGCUGUCCAUAUGGGAGGGGACAACAAAUAUCCUGUCCCUUGAUGUCCUGCGAUCCCUCACCAAGAGUCAAGGAGAGGUGAUGGCUGUGUUCUUCUCCGCAGUGCAGAAAAAACUGGAGCUGGCUUCGAGCAGGGCGGAACUGGACCCUGCCGUGAAGCGCACGCGGGCUGCUGUCGGCAGUCUCGCGGGGUUCCUGCGAGCAGCCGGAUCCCAGCCAGCAGCGACCAUGGAGCUAGCAGCAAGGGACUUCUCCUACGCCCUGGCAAGGAUCUACGCAGGAGCUCUGCUGAUUGAGCACGCAGCUCGGCCCGACGCUUCCCCCGCAGAUGUCUCCGCCGCUCAAAGGUAA